AUGCGACGCUUUGCCGUUGGCUGGAGCCCCGUGCACCGCUGUGUGAUGUCGUUUCCCUGCCGUUUCUUUGGCGACGCUGUGGAGACCCCAGAGACAAUCAAAGAGGUGCUCGCCGCCGAUGAACAGGAGCAGCGCAAGAGGGAGCUGGCAGUGGACUCGAGAUCUGUCGUGUUUGCGUCAGCCGCUAGCGCCGACCACCGUCCACGAAUUGCUGCAGCUGAAGCCUUCGACGUGGCGGCAGCAGCGCUACCACGUCCGCCGAACUUCUGCUUUAUGAGUGUAUCGCUCGACUACGCGGCGAUGAUCGACGCCCCUGAAGUGGUUUGGUAUAACCUGUGCAAAGUUAACGGCGUCACGCAGUCAACGGUGAAGCCGCAGCAGCUUCACAUGUUGGGAGGAGCCGUGCGACACCAGCGGCCAGGCGGUGGCUACAUCCAACUAAUGCUCGGUUGCAUCCCCGACCUUCAAAGCGACGUCUUUACGUUUGACGCCGUCCCCGAGGCGGAUGAUCUUAGCGAUGCCAGCAGGCCACCGCCAGCCUUGUGCGUUACAAUGCUGGACACCAAAUUGACUCUGCAGUAUGAGCGCGUGCUCUCAGGGCACCUCCAAAUCCUCGGCGAACGGCUCGGUGAGAUUCCGGUCAUUGGUGGUGUUUACCCGCCAACUCAGAAGCCCAGUAGCCCAAGCCAACAAAACAGUAGCAAUGGAGCCGAUAGUGACGACUCCACAUCGGAUGAUAUAGGUGAUUCCAUGUUCUUUAUUAAUGAUCGGGUCUACACUGGGAGCGCUGCUGGUGUGGUUCUCCGCAGUGCGAUGAUUAAGGGGCACCACGUGAAUGUUGUGCCCUCCAUCAGCAUGGGGGCAGUGAAUGCCACAUCGGUGAGUUGCACGGACGGUGUGUUCAGUGUCAUCACCCUGGACAACAGGAAGGCCACAGACGUGAUCAAAGACAUCUACUGCUUACCUGAGUUGCGAAGAAAGCAGUCAAAGGUGUUUCUGGGCAUUCAGCACAACGAUGUUUGUAUUCCUGUCUCUUUUAUCGGUCAUCCUGAGAGUGGGCAGCUUCAGUUCACGGCCCCGAAGGGUGUUGAACUAAAGUCUGGGGAUGCCAUUCAGCUUGUGGUAGAUGAUGCGGAGCUUGAUUCUGAGACUGCUGGGGGACUUCUUAUCGGAUUACAGCGAAAGCUCUCGAUAACACAUGUCACGAAGGACAUCACUGUUGCUCGUGAGGCUCGAAGGAACAUUGUCGCAUCAUCUGCUGCUGCGCUUCACUUCUCACAUGGGGGUAUGAACGCCAUUGUGCGCCCUGAGGUCAACGUAACGCUCGGGAAUUCCCAAGUCCUCUUUGCGCCCUCGGUGCUGCACCGCUGUGUGGGAAGAUACUGCCCCACGUCCGGUGUCUUUUGCCCCGGCCAGGUCGUCACAUUAGGCGGUUCUACAGGUGUGUACGCUCGCUCUAGCUCUUACUGCCUCCUUGAAGGGCGUGAGUGA